AAGAUGUAUAAAAACAAGGCUCUUCACAGAAAAAACAGAGCAUUUCAUUUCAUCAUCACAACAAAGAGAACGAAGAACAACACCAAACAAUUUUUCAAUUUUCUUCCACCAUUUCAUCUUCAAAACCUAACUGCAUAAUUCAAGAUCUUAAUUUUCACCACUGAACGGUUAAAGCUAAGGAUCUUCUAAUUUAUUCAACAUAAAUUAUAAGGUUUUCAAUCGUUAAUUAUCAAGUUAUCAAGUUAAUUAUGUUCUCAAGAGUGCAUUUUUUGAAGAUAAACACUUCGCUGCGAAAAUUCGAAAUUCUGGAUUCUCUGAAGAAAAGUUCGUAGAUCGAAGCUUUGAAAUGUCAUUGUUAGUUGGAUUUUAGUUCUGGAUUUCUUUCUUCAUCUUCAAUAUCUUCGCACGAAAUCUGAAAACUGUCUCAUUUUCUUUUGGUUGGUGAGGUGCCAGAAGAAAUUGAUUAUUCACUAAUUGGGAGGAAGGAGUGAUGGAUAAGGAUUCAUAUAACAACCAUGACAAUAAGAACAACACUUCUAGUUUGAGAGAUGGUGAUAGAGACAAAAACAUAGGAGGAGAUGUGUCUGGUUCCUUGUUAUUGAGAGCAAGCUCGGAUGGAUUAAGACAAUCAACGACAUCAGAUUUAGGGUUGCAAUGGGGGAACAAGAAGCGAUUAAGGUUUAUGAAGGUACAGAAUAAACAAGACUCUUUAAACCCGGUUCAGAGGACAACAGUUCGGGUGGACCGGAGAGUAGUUAGAACCGAGAAAGAUAGUUCAAACCGGUUUGCAACAUCCCUGGCUGAUAAUAGCAUUAGCAAUCAUCAUAAUCAUGUUAAUCAUCAUAAUCAUAUUAAUCAAAAUCAAAACGGGUAUCCUAGUCUCCGUCAACGCGCGCCUUCUCCGCAGCAACCUCUUCCAAGGAUUCUCAGGAACACAGAGAUUUCAGGUGCCAUGAGAGGAACACAGACCCAAAUCAACGGAAGUGUUAGAGGAAUUGCUUCCCCAGAGAGGGGUGCGCACGAUAGUAAAAGAGGGACCCACCUAAAUGACAACAAUAACAACAAGUCUGCAGGUUCCUCGGAUAACGCUUUGGAUGGCAAGAAAGGUGGGGGGUCGUCUUCAGGGAGUGGUGAUGCGACUCCAGCGGUGUGGCCACCGAAGUUUGUGAUUGCCUUGACCAACAAGGAGAAGGAAGAAGAUUUUAUGGCCAUUAAAGGAUCUAAGCUUCCUCAGAGACCUAAAAAAAGAGCCAAAUUGAUACAACGAACCCUCAAUCUUGUAAGUCCAGGUACAUGGCUAUCUGAUCUCACCUUGGAACGGUAUGAAGUUAGAGAGAAGAAAAUAACCAAAAAGAGACCAAGAGGGUUAAAAGCAAUGGGUAACGUGGACUCCGACUCUGAAUAGAAGAAGCAAGGAAAUGAGGAAAGGGUAUAAAUUAUAAUAGCAAAGGAAUAGACCAAAAAAAAAACUUGCUUUAUGCUGUGAGAAAUGUUGGAGUUGUUGGUGUAUAAAGCACAAUCGAAUAUAAAUUACUUGGUUUUGAUCGUGUUUAACUCA